UCCCAUUCUGUGGGAGCAAGACUGGCUUCAGGCUGAGUUUUGGGGCUGCGCUGCUGCUGCUGUUGCUGCACCUGGCGCAGUCCUCACUUCUCUGAAUCCGAGUUCAAGUCUCGUGGUUGCUGCAGCGAUGAAGGAGAGACGGGCCCCCCAACCAGUCGUAGCCAGGUGUAAGCUCGUCCUGGUGGGAGAUGUGCAGUGCGGGAAGACAGCGAUGUUACAGGUGUUAGCCAAGGACUGCUAUCCCGAGACAUAUGUGCCCACCGUGUUUGAGAACUACACAGCCUGCUUGGAGAUGGAGGAACAAAGAGUGGAGCUCAGUCUCUGGGACACCUCAGGAUCUCCCUAUUAUGACAAUGUGCGUCCACUCUGCUACAGUGACUCAGAUGCAGUAUUGCUGUGCUUCGAUAUCAGCCGUCCAGAGACCGUGGACAGUGCACUCAAAAAGUGGAGGACAGAAAUCAUGGAUUAUUGUCCCAGUACUCGUAUUUUGCUUAUUGGUUGCAAGACAGAUCUACGAACAGAUCUGAGCACUCUGAUGGAGCUAUCCCACCAAAAACAGGCACCUAUCUCUUAUGAACAGGGCUGUGCAAUAGCCAAGCAGCUGGGUGCAGAAAUCUACCUGGAAGGCUCAGCUUUUACCUCUGAAAAGAGUGUCCAUAGCAUCUUCCGGACGGCAUCCAUGGUGUGUCUGAAUAAGCCCAGCCCAGUGCCCCCAAAGAGCCCUGUGCGAAGCCUCUCCAAGCGACUGCUCCACCUCCCCAGUCGGUCUGAACUCAUCUCUUCUACCUUCAAGAAGGAGAAAGCUAAAAGCUGUUCCAUCAUGUGAAGUUGGGGCUGGAGGGCAAGACAACCUCCCGUGACACCUCCUCCUCUAGGGAGUGGAUGCACGGGAAGAGGGAGGAUAUGACCAUUAAAGACACUGGACUUGAGUUUUACAUAUGGCCACAGUGAGGGCUUGGAAGGAGAGAGAAGUGGGACAGGAAAGAGCUAGGUCCGGCUUGAGGAGCAGGCACUGAGAGGAACCAUCAUACCCCAAGCAAGCACUAGGUUGUGGAGGGGUCAGCUGCCUCUGUGCCCUACUCGGAAGGAAGAAAAGGUAUGGGGGAACUGGGAGCCUACAGGAGCCUCACCUUCAGUAUCAUGCCUCUUCCACACAGCACUUCCAUGCAGGCCCAGGGAUGGGAGGGUCCGGGAGUCCUUCCGUCCCCCAGUGGAGUGGAGAGUAGGGAUGCCUACAGGCAGUUCCCUUGGGAGCUGAGCCAGGCGAUUCACCACUGAAAUCAGCAAGGCAGGAGCUGGCCAGGGCUGAUGGGAAGGAAAAUCCAUCUUUGCACAACUCAUGCCUCAUGGAGUGGUGAUGUCACACAUUUACAUGCUUCUACCUACGUCCCCAGGGUCUGAGGAAGACUGCCUUCUAGAGCCCCUUCUCUUGCAGUGUGGGGGUUGGUGGUGCUGCAGGGGAUAGGACUGGGUGGGGGUCAACUGGCUUUUCUGCCCCCUCUGGCAGUACAGCUGGCAUUUGCUUUAUAGACUUGUCUUCGGAAUGGGAGGAGGGGGAGUAUUUCAAUCUGUUAUAUGUUCUAUGUUUAAAGAAGAAAACUUAUUUAUUAAUGAAAAAUAUAAUACAUAUAAAGAA